CUCCCCCCACCCUUCGCCCAAAUCCCCCGCCACCCGCUCCUCUACCCCCACCCCUCGCCAAUCCACCCUCUCCCCGCCCUAACCAAGCACCUCCUCCCCACCCCCAACAAGAUAACCCUGCACGCCAAACGCGAAGACCAAGCCUCCCCGCUCGCCAGCGCCGGCAACAAAUACCGCAAACUCGAAUACCUCGUCCCGGACAUCCUCUCCCCGACCCCGCAAUACGGGGGAUUAGGACCCAGCCCCGAGCGGGGGAGUGCCCCGGCGCCCGCAGGCCCCAACACCACCACCACCACACAGAAACCAACAACCCUAGUGACAGAAGGCGCCCUCCAAAGCAACCACACCGUGCAAGUCGCCGCCCUCGCCACCCACCUCCGCCUCGACGCCGUGCUCCUCCUCCACAAGACCACCGGCGGCGCUUGGCGCGCCGCCCCGGACCCGCGCGCCUUCGCGCGCACCGGCAACGUCCAGAUCGCGCGCCUGCUCGGCGCAGACAUCCGUCUGCUCGACUCGGCCAAUGUGGCUGCUGCUGCUGCUACCCCACCGCCCAGGAAUGAAGACGCAGAGCCCCGGACCAAGAACGAAGACGCAGACGCAGACGCAAGCACAGCUGCCGACGACGAUGAUGGUGAUAGUCCUAUCGCCGCAAUCCUCCACACCCUGCGCACCCAGCACGGCAAAACCCCCUACUGGAUCCCCUCGGGCGCCAGUCUGCACCCCCUCGGCGGACUGGGGUACGCGCGCUGCGCGUUCGAGAUUGCGGCGCAGGAGGAUGCGGCCGAGUCCCGAGUCCGGUAUGACUAUAUCUUCGUCGCCUGCGGGAGCGGGAGUACCCUCGGCGGAUUGAUCGCGGGGUUCAAGUUGCUCGAGAAGAUGGAGGGAGCCAAACAUCCCCAAACCACCGCAACCGCAACCGCAACCGCAACCGCAGCAGCAGCAGAAGGGCAGCAACGACCCCCCCGGAAAAUCAUCGGCGUGCUCACCUCCCCCACCAGCCCGAAAGCCUACCACGAGGCGCGCGUGCUGCGGUUCGCGCGGCAGGCCGCCGGCCGGAUCGGAUUGGAUGCGCAGCGCGAUGUCACGGCGGCGGAUGUGACGCUCGAGGACCGGUUCGUCGGCACCGGGUACGGGGUGCUGGAUGCGGAGACCAAGCGCACAAUGGAUAUGAUGGCCCGUACGGAGGCGGUCGUCCUCGAUCCCGUGUAUACGGCCAAGGUGGCGCGGGCGAUGAUGCAUUGGGUGGGGACGGGCGAGUUGGCGGAGGAUUGGCGGCGGCGGCGGAGGAGGAGGAGGAGGAGGAGGAGGAGGACCGACACUGGAACGGGGAAGCUUGCUGAGGAGCCUGACGACUCGGUGAAUGUGCUCUUUGUACAUACCGGGGGCCAGUCGGCGUUGAGCGCGUAUGCGGAU